UGAACAAUAUACAUACAACCCUUUUCUGCUACGAUGGUGUCCAGAUUUCAAUUUUGCUCACUGUACACAUUAUUUUAACAACAACAAUUUACAAGCAGAAACUGCCAAGAUUUGUUUUGUUUUGACGCCAAAUCAGAUGUCAGUGGUUCAACCCUAGUAGCGUGUGGUUCCGGUACUUUUCGGUCAUCUUGUGGUUGUUUGAAUUGCAAAUUGUUAAGUUGCGUUGGUCAAAAAAUGACUACCAAAGAUCAGGGAAACUUAGAAAUCGUCAAUGAUAAACGUUCAACUGAGUUCUUCAAAGUGUUUGCUGAACUUCGGGAACUUAAAAGGUUUACAGAUAUCAAAUUGCAAAUCGGCGAUGUGGAAUUGGAUGCUCACCGCGCAGUCUUAUCAGCUGCGAGUCCUUUUUUUAAUGCGAUGUUCGACGAUGCCUUCAUCAAGAGUGGAAAAGAUAAGGUUGAAUUGCUUCACGAAACGAAUCCGACAGUUAUGUCAGCAAUUUUAGAUUACAUGUAUUUGGGAAAACUGAAUGUUGCUUUGAAAGAUGUCAGGUUACUGCUGCAGAAUUUGGAUUAUUUACAAAUGGAAAACGCAAAAAAAGAAUGUGAACGGGCACUAUUGGAUAAUGUGAAUCAGAAUAAUUCUAUUGAAAUUCUCAUUCUCGCAGAUAAAUAUGGACUUACCGAGCUCUACGGUUUAUCAUCACAAUCCUUAAAGCAAAAUUUCCACAAAAUAUACGAAUCGAAUAGAAUAAAAGAAUUGCCGGUGGACGAGCUAGAAAUCGUCCUUAAGGCUGUUUACGACUCCCAUCCGAAACAUGCAUUCAAAUCUAUUCUAAGUUGGAUAGAACAAGAUGCCGUGCAACGAUGUCCUCACAUGUACGACCUCUCAUCAAAGUACAUUAAGGUUGGAACGUUAACUAAAGAAAUUGCGGACCAGAAAUUAUUUAUUUUUCCGGAUCGUUCGCCAAAAGUGCAUGUAGUUGAAUUAAAAAGCAAAAAGUUAUCAGUUAUGUCAAGACCACCGAAAUGUAAGCAAUUUUCAGCUGCAACUUAUAAAAACGGCCUUUAUGCUGUAGGCGGUUCAAGCAGUAAAACACUCAGAGAGUUCGGUUUCAAAUACGAUUUUGAAUGCAGAAAAUGGAGCCAGUUUCCCUGUCUGGUAUUAAGGCGAAAACCUGGAGUUUGCGUAGCAGAUGAUAAAUUGUAUAUAGUUGGAGGUUACGAUAAGGAAUUCACUGCAUAUAGUACGGUUUCGUGCUAUGACUUCCAAACAGGACAACUUCACAACUUAUCUUCGAUGAAGGAACAUAGAGCGUCCCCUGGAGUGAUUUACUAUAACUCGUCAAUUUAUGUUUUUGGAGGUGAUGAUCCUCGAGGAGGUAUUGUAGAGCGCUAUGAUCCUCGAGAAGGUGUCUGGACUCAGGCCGGGAAAGAUCCUGAUCGGGACAUGGGUUGUACAGCGGCUUUGGUAUUUGAUAAAAUUUAUUACAAACAUUGGGAACAUUCAUUGUACACUUAUGAACCAAGGCAGCUUACAAGCAGACUAGAACAAAAAUAUUCAAAAUUUGGAACAAUUGCUUCAUGUGACAAUCGACUGUAUAUUGCCCUCGAUGAAGGUGGCAUCAGCCAUUACAUUCCGGAAACAAACAAUUACUCGAAAGUUUCCAAGAAGAAAUUUGUUUUUCCUUUUAUUGUUAGUUACAAAGAAUAAAGUCUAAGAAUUUUUUUUAUUCUUAUCUGGUCCAGAAAAAAAUAUACGAAAGAAUGAUGUAUUUGGUCUAGAUUAUGUGAAAACAGCA